AGCCGCAAAACUUCCAUUCUCAUCAGAACAUCCUCAGCUUAUACAAAAAAGAUUCAAAUCUCAUCACUUACUACUAGAAACAAACAAUAACUGAAGCACUUGUCUGAAAAUUAUGGUGAAACACAUCACCGAGAAGACCGCACAGAGGAGUGAUUCGAAGUUCAAGGGUGUCCGCAAGCGAAAAUGGGGGAAAUGGGUCUCUGAGAUCCGUCUACCAAACAGUAGAGAGAGAAUAUGGUUAGGUUCAUACGAUUCGGCGGAGAAAGCCGCACGUGCUUUUGAUGCGGCACUCUUUUGCUUACGUGGCCGUACUGCUAAAUUCAAUUUUCCAGAUAAUCCACCGGAGAUAGCUGGUGGGCGGUCGCUUUCUCCGCCUGAGAUUCAAGCAGCCGCAGCAAGGUUUGCAAAUUUGGAGCGUCCGAGAAUCCAAUCGGAUAAUUCUUCAACGGAUCAAUCUGUGAUGUCGGAAUUACAAGCGGAGUCCCCGUGUGUUUCGGAAGUGUCAAAUUUGACGACGCACAUAGAUGGCAGUGAACUGAUGCUGGAUAUGAGUUUCUUGGAUUCGCUAGCGAAUCCGGGUUCGGAUAAUUACCCGGCGGAUUACGGGUUAUUCCCGGGUUUUGAUGAUCUGCAUAGUGAUUUUAUUGAACUAUUAACACAGCCUAGCCUUGACUUUGGAGAGGAGAAUUUUGAUGGCAUUUUAACUCAAAAUUCAUUUCUCUGGAAUUUUUAAAGAUACUGAAUUCGCGUCGGGUGGUUUCUGGACAGUUUUAGCUCCCAGAAGUUACUGGCUUUUUUUUUUUUCUUUUUUCCAAUAGAAGUAAAAUGACAAAUUGGGUACUGUUUAUUUUGCUGAUGAAACCAUUUUUUGUAAAGGUGUUCUUAUUUUCUCGGAGAGUGCAGCAAAUGUUUCUUCUUUAAUUCUCUAAGUUUAAACAGGUAACAGUCAGCAACUUAAGUCUGUAAAAUUUGUAAUAAGAGAUUUAUAGGUUAAAUCAAUAUUCAUGGGGAGAAUUAUAAUUUCCUUUUCCCUUUUCUGAUA